AUGUUUCUCUUGGUGUUGGCGCCUCCCACCUCUGACCUCCGUCUAGCCCCGCCCCACCGUCCAACGCUUUCCAGCGUCACCCAGCUGAUGGAGCCCCUCAUCUUCGGCAAUCUCACCUGGCCUGCCCUUGCCAGCAACAUUCUGUCCGGUGACCUUAGGGUCACUGCUUCUAUUGCUCAAAUUUACAAGCCCUAUGUCUUAUUAAGGUAUGUUUUUCUUGAUUCUAAAUUCUCAAUGUUUUCGUUCUUCUAUAAGAUUCUCAUGGCUCCUUUACUUUCCAUCUUCGUGCUGUUAGAGUUUGUACUCCACGUUGGCUCUGAAUCCACGAGAGAAGUAGUAGAACAAAUCGAUGGAGAAGAAUUCACUGAGGAGUUGCUUUUCAGGCCACUUCCUGAUCAGAAAGCUCUUUCUAAUUUUCACUUCGAGAGUAGGGUUCCUCCGACAAAUUCUUAUGGACAUCACCACCGGCUUUUUCCCAAAGCUAUCUAUUAUCUUAUAUGA